CCAUCCGUCUCCAUUAGAAAUCACCUUAACACUCUGACAGACAGCGACAAGCCCCCUGAAAGCAAAUGAGUUUGAUAUAUUUGGCUGUAAAAACACCCGGAACCGUAACGAGGACGCGGUGACGCCGUGUGCUGCUCAUCCGGCUGCGUUUUUCUCCGUGAUGCUGCUCGAUUUCCAGACUGUUGUUUGUUUUUAAGCAAGUGUGCAGCUGCUGAGUUUUGUGCCCUGCAGACUUCCUACUGCUGGAUAAUUUUACUGCCGCUCGUCUCUUGUGGCCUCACAGCUCGGGAGAAAGGAAGGAGACCAGCAGUAACUUGGAUCGGCCCCCUGUCCCGUCAAGCUGCAGCAUCGGGGGAAACCGAACCACUGGCCUGAGCUGGGUGGAGCAGUGACCGCCUGUAGCAUGAUGUCCUACCUCAAACAGCCCCCCUACGGCGUCAACGGCCUAGGGCUCAGCGGUGCUGCCAUGGACCUGCUGCACCCCUCAGUGGGCUACCCGGCGACGCCAAGGAAGCAGCGGCGGGAGCGGACAACUUUCACCCGCUCUCAGCUCGACGUCCUGGAGGCUCUGUUCGCCAAGACCCGGUAUCCGGAUAUUUUCAUGAGGGAGGAGGUGGCACUGAAAAUUAACCUGCCCGAGUCCAGAGUCCAGGUGUGGUUCAAGAACCGAAGGGCCAAGUGCCGCCAACAGCAACAGAGUGGCAGCAGUGCCAAAGCUAGGCCGCCCAAGAAGAAGUCUUCUCCAGCUCGAGAGAGCACAGGCUCAGAAAGCAGCGGCCAGUUUACACCCCCUGCCGUCUCCAGCACUGGGUCGUCCUCGUCCUCAUCCUCCUCCACCAAUCAUACUGGCCCAGCCGCGCUCAGCAGCACCUCUACCUCCAUCAGCACUGUCUCCUCCAUCUGGAGCCCGGCCAUCUCCCCUGGAAAUGCUCCGGCCCCAGCUGUGGCUCCCCUACCUGAGCCUGGACCCCCAUCCAACGCCUCCUGCAUGCAGCGUUCAAUGUCGGGCUCUGCCGCUGCCGCCACGUCCUACCCCAUGUCCUAUAACCAGACGCCAGGCUACGGCCAAGGCUACCCCACCCCGUCCAGCUCCUACUUUAGCGGUGUGGACUGUGGCUCUUACCUGGCCCCCAUGCACUCCCACCACCACCCCCACCAGCUCAGCCCCAUGACGGCCUCCUCCAUGUCAGGCCAUCCACACCACCACAUCAGCCAGUCGUCAGGCCACCACCACCAUCACCACCACCACCAGGCCUACGGUGGCUCCGGCCUGGCCUUCAACUCAUCUGACUGCCUGGAUUACAAAGAGCAGACUGCAGCCUCCUCAUGGAAGCUCAACUUUAACACCACAGACUGCUUGGACUACAAAGACCAGGCCUCCUGGAGGUUCCAAGUCUUGUGAUCAGGCUUUUCUCCCUCCUUGCUUGUCAGCUCCCUCUUGUUUUCCAGAUUAGCGUAUUGCUUGUUUUGAGAGACAAAAAGAGUUUAUGAACCAUAUGAUAACAAGACAGCAGCAGCAGGAAUGCUCAGCAAAGCAACUGGACUUUUUCUUUGAUACACCCCUCGUUCUCCACGUCUUAAAAGAACAAAAAGUUUAAAAAAAGAAGUGAAACAGUCCCUGAAAUCCUGUGAAGAGAGAACAUGAGAAGUCAACCAGGAUCAGCAGUGGAGCGCUCUGUCUGCUGAAGAAUGGGGGUUUUAAAUCCUUACUUUUAGGAUGACCUUAAGAAAAAAACAAACUGUUUUUUUUUUUUUAAGUCAUUUUAACCAAACUUCUUUGACCACCAGCUCUCUGGAUGGGCGGAAUAUUUCCCUCUGGUGCACCGACAGGAACUGCCUGCAGUGCCCUCUUACCUCCAACCCAAUCAAAUCCUGUAUAGUUUUUAUUUCUGAAAUUUGUUAUUUUAGGAUGACAGAGAUUUUAGUCAGCUACUUCAUGGAGCUGAAAUAUGUAAAUAUGUAUUUGGGUCAGUUACAGUGACCAUGUUUAGUUGGUGUUUCCGAAUUUGAAAUUGUUUAUUACCAUUUUGGGAGAAAAAAAAUAAUAAAAAAAAAUACAACUGUAUGUAAAUUUUUCCAAAUAUUCCAAAGAAAACAAAUUGGCCAUAUAGUUCAGCUUUUAUAUUCAUGGUUUUAUUCAGAAAAAAUGUUUUGGCAAAUUGAAAAAAUUAAAAAAUCUAAAGUGCAGGUGCAAAAUUACAGCAGACAUUGAUUUGUCUGGUUUGGACUUUGUUUCGGGGAUAUUAAUAUUAUUUUAAAGUACUAGGCUCUACAUUUUCAACACAGACCUCCCCUCUUGGGCAUUGUCUCAUAUUUGACCCGCAGCACUUGGCUUGAUAUUGGAGUCAAAUCUUUUUUCUUUUUUUUUCCUUCUGUUUUUUUUUUUUUUAUUUUUUUUAUUUGAGGGGAAUGUGGAUUUCUAGUUCCAAAAUGACAGUGAGAUGUUGAAUGUAUCUUUAUGGCGACCACCCUCACAUACAUGUUCAUCCAAUAAAGAUCCGUUAAGUCAUAUUUAUUUCCCAUACAUGGAUUCUGUCUGUCAGUGAAAUGCGCACCAGGGAGUCAACUUUUAGAUACUUUUUACACUCACACAGGCUUCAGAUCAGUGUUUUUGAACUAGUCAGACUUUUGUUCCAAAGCUUGUUUAUUUUGUUUGUUCCUAAUUAAACUGCGUUAUAGCGGGUAAAUGCAAAUUAGGCCAUAAUUAAUACAACCCGUGAACGCGUGUAGGCCCCGCAUUUCCAUUUUAGAGAGCAACCGGUUUAAUCCUCUGUCUCUGUCAAAUUGAAACACUAACAUCUUCCCCUUGCUUUAGGGGAACUAAGUGUCUUUUUAACUGCAGUGUUAAAAAGCCCUAAAUAUUGAGCCGGGAGACAUUUGAUCGAGGCGUAAUUGAAUGCAGCGCUGUAAUGGCGUGAUAAUUACUCCAGCGCCCUGAGUUGGUUUCUCUAAAAUAACCUGCAGGAAUUUCACUGCCUCUGAUGCGGUAAUUACGUAGGUGGGGCCAGGUUAGGGGGUCACAUGUAAGUGUGUGUCUGUGUGUGUGCGUGUGUGUGUGUGCGUAAUGCGUAACGCUCACAGGCAUAAACGCAUUAUUAUAAAAGGGAGGGUUUAAGAGAAAAAAAAAAACGCGUCAGUUCUCUGGCAAGGUUGUUUUGGACGAGCAGACUUUCCACCAGUGAAGGCCGCACUGAGAUUCAUGUAAAUGAACUAAUAAAACAGUGUCCUUGUGGAAAAAGAACAUGCAAGACUCCUAUUCAAGUAUUUAAGUGGUAAAAAAAUAACCUGUCAAAUAUAGUAGUGCUUUGUGGUCAACUAUAAUUCAGCUCUAACAUGAAUAAUUCUAAAUAUUACAAGUUCCUGUUUAUUCUCAUAUAUAUGAUCACUUUAAAUUAGCCGUUCGACCCCUGUUGGAACAAAAAAAAUAUUUCUUUAAUAUGGUAAAAUAAUAAUAAUAAUAAUAAUUCUCGUGAUUAAAUUAAAUCUGACUCCUUGAAACUAAUAUUUUCGAAGCAAAUUAAGACCAGUUAUGUGCCAAAAUAAAUUGUCAGUGUAAUAAGAUAGACAAUCUAUCUCCAUGUUGUAAGAAAUUAUUUGAAUUUUUAGUGGCAUGAAUCCUCAAAUAUGUUUUCAUUUUCAGUUCAAUCAAAACAUCUGUUCGGUGCCAAAAUAACCUGUCAUUCUUAAACCCUCAUUUAUUUUCUAGUAAAUUCUAAAUCAAUUAAACCACGAGUUUGUUCCUAGUUGUGGCCCCUGCAGUCCCCUGGACCCCACCUUGAAACCCAUCGAUAAUCCCCUCUAUGAUCAGAUGAUCAGGCUGAUCAAUACAUCCUGUAGUCCCCUCACUGAGAGUCUGCUUCAGCUGCGGCCGCUUUGCGCCGUGUUGUCUCUCCCUCUUUAUGUAAAUGAAGCUCGCAGCAGCUGAAUAAAUAUCUCUGCCAACCGGGACAUUAAACAUAUUUGCGCCAAGACGCGCAAACAGCGCAGCGAGUGUUCACGAACAGCGGCGGAUUUGUCGGAUUUGCAUCAAAUAAACAUUUGCCACCAAUAUUGUGGGAUUGUUGAAGGAGUUUCAGAGCCACAGGUUCUGCCAUGAGACAGCUGCUCACCUCCAGACGCGGACACGAGUGGGGUAAAAAAAAAAAAAAACAGCAAAAAGAGACCAUGAGGAUGUGCAUCUGCAGCCAAUGCGUCACAAAGGAAGAUAUUUCUGCACCUAAAGGCCGCAAGACGGCGAAUAAAAUGAAUAAAAGUAUUGCAGAAAAUAAACAGUGGACUUCGAAGAGAACAAGAUUCAAGCUGUGGAAAAAACUGCACGAAAAGUUCCAUUUUCCAUCAUGCAGGAGAAAAAUGUAAAACCACGCACUAUGAUUUCUGUUUUCUGCAGGAUUUG